CUCCCGCCACGUGGGCGCGGAGCGCGGCCGAGCACAGACAUGGACCUGGCGGCAGCGGAGGCCGCAGGGGCCGCACACCAGCAGCUGCGCGAUGAGGUGGCCGAGAAGUGCCAGAAGCUGUUCCAGGACUUCCUGGAGGAAUUCCAGAACAGUGAUGGAGAAGUCAAGUACUUGCAUGAUGCUGAAGAGCUGAUUCGCCCAGAGAGGAACACGUUGAUUGUAAGCUUUGUGGAUUUGGAACAGUUCAAUCAGCAGCUCUCUACCACUGUCCAGGAGGAGUUCUACAGAGUUUAUCCUUACCUGUGCCGAGCAGUAAAAACGUUUGCCAGAGACCAUGGAAAUGUUCCUCCAAACAAGGACUUUUAUGUUGCGUUCCAGGAUCUGCCUACCAGACACAAAAUUCGGGAGUUGACAUCAGCCAGAAUCGGCUCACUGAUGCGUAUAAGUGGACAGGUGGUUCGUACCCAUCCAGUUCAUCCAGAGCUUGUCAGUGGAACCUUCCUGUGCCUGGACUGUCAGACGGUGAUUAAAGAGGUGGAGCAGCAGUUUAAAUACACGCAGCCAAACAUCUGCAGAAACCCAGUCUGUGCCAACAGAAGGAGAUUCCUGCUGGACACAAACAAAUCAAGAUUUGUUGACUUUCAAAAGGUUCGCAUUCAAGAGACACAGGCCGAGCUGCCUCGGGGAAGCAUUCCUCGCAGUGUUGAAGUGAUCUUGCGUGCUGAAGCAGUAGAGUCUGCUCAGGCUGGUGAUAAGUGCGACUUCACAGGAUCACUAAUUGUGGUGCCUGAUGUGUCUCAGCUCUCCGUUCCAGGUGUGCGUGCAGAGACUGGUUCCCGUGUCAGUGGUAAAGAAGGUUAUGAAACUGAAGGAGUCCGAGGACUUCGUGCCCUUGGAGUCAGAGAGCUGUCGUAUAAGCUAGUCUUCCUAGCAUGUUAUGUUGCUCCCACAAAUCCACGGUUUGGGGGAAAAGAACUUCGAGAUGAGGAACAGACUGCAGAGAGCAUUAAAAACCAAAUGUCUGUAAAGGAAUGGGAAAAGGUGUUUGAAAUGAGCCAAGAUAAAAACCUUUACCACAAUCUCUGUACCAGCCUCUUCCCUACUAUACACGGUAACGAUGAAGUGAAACGAGGAGUUCUGCUCAUGCUUUUUGGAGGAGUCCCUAAGACGACCGCAGAAGGUACUUCAUUGCGUGGAGACAUCAAUGUCUGCAUUGUUGGUGAUCCAAGUACGGCCAAAAGUCAGUUUCUCAAGCACGUGGAAGAGUUUAGUCCCCGUGCUGUAUACACCAGUGGGAAAGCCUCCAGUGCUGCUGGUCUGACAGCUGCUGUAGUGAAAGAUGAGGAGUCUCAUGAGUUUGUCAUUGAAGCAGGAGCACUGAUGUUGGCAGAUAAUGGGGUUUGUUGCAUUGAUGAAUUUGACAAAAUGGAUUUGCGGGAUCAGGUUGCCAUUCAUGAAGCAAUGGAGCAGCAGACUAUAUCUAUAACUAAAGCAGGUGUUAAGGCGACUCUGAAUGCCAGGACCUCCAUUUUGGCUGCAGCAAAUCCAGUUGGUGGACGUUACGACAGAUCGAAGUCUCUGAAACAGAACAUAAACUUAUCAGCUCCCAUCAUGUCCAGAUUUGAUCUUUUCUUCAUUCUUGUGGAUGAAUGUAAUGAGGUUACGGAUUAUGCCAUUGCCAGACGCAUAGUGGAUCUGCAUUCGCGAAUUGAAGAAUCUGUUGAUCGUGUCUAUUCAUUAGAUGACAUCAGAAGGUAUCUGCUUUUUGCAAGACAGUUUAAACCAAAGAUUUCUAAAGAGUCCGAGGACUUCAUAGUUGAGCAGUAUAAACGACUACGUCAGCGUGAUGGCUCUGGUGUCACAAAAUCAUCCUGGAGAAUCACUGUGAGACAACUGGAAAGCAUGAUUCGACUGUCUGAAGCUAUGGCACGAAUGCACUGCUGUGAUGAGGUUCAUCCAAAGCAUGUGAAGGAAGCAUUCCGGUUGUUAAAUAAAUCUAUCAUCAGAGUUGAGACUCCAGAUAUCAAUUUAGACCAAGAUGAUGACCAGCAAAUAGAGGACCAAGAGGACCAUGACGGAAUCAGUGGUGAGGCAGAAGCUCCAGCUGGUGUCAACGGUCUUGUGAAUGGACUCGACGGCCGCUCUGAGGAUACCAGCAAAGAGGCAGCUCCCAAGGCUUCCCUGAAACUUGGGUUCUCUGAAUAUCGCCGCAUCUCUAACCUCCUUGUGCUGCACCUCAGGAAAGCAGAAGAAGAAGAUGAUGAUUCCUCGUUAAAGAAGAGUGAGCUUAUUAAUUGGUACUUACAGGAAAUUGAAUCAGAAAUAGAGUCUGAAGAAGAACUGAUAAAUAAAAAGAAGAUCAUAGAGAGAGUCAUUCACCGACUUACGCACUAUGACCACAUUCUCAUAGAACUCACGCAGUCUGGGCUGAAAGGCUCCAUGGAAGAAGAAAGCUUGGAUGAAGACCCAUUUUUGGUAGUAAACCCCAACUAUCUGAUGGAAGACUAAGGAUUAUGAAUAAAAGCACAGGACUUCAGCUUAUUGGAAAACUCGUUCUUUGUACAUUACUGCAGUACCUGCUGAAUAGCUAACUCAAAGCUGUAUGAGCGCUAUCCUGUGCAAUAGAGAAAUAUUGUCUUGGUAAUAGCUGUCCAUUCGCAGAUGUUGCACAUUCCUGAGAUUUGCCUUUUAUGCAAAUGCUAUAUAUUGUUCCAAUAUUUUAGUGGUCCUUUUCUAAACAAGGCCUGGCAAUACAAACAAAGCCUGUUCACCUGGGAGUUAUUCAGGUGCUUCAGUUUUUAACGGGAGGAAAUUUUGCAUUGUUUGUCUAUAGCAUUUGGUUAGUAGGAUUUUACUGUGUCAAUUUUUAAGUAUUUUUCUUAUUAAAUCAAUAAAAGUUAGCUAAAC